CCACCUCCACUUCCUUUCCACCCACACCACUCCCUCAUUCACUCAUUUCACCACGCACCCGCUUCCUUUGCCUCGCGCGCAUCCACCCUACUGCUUGCAUCCGAGGCAUUGCUUGUCCACCUCGCCGUCAUGCUCGGUCCCUCUUGAUCCCCGUCGCGCUCUGAACAAGCGCCCGCACGUCCACCCGCCUCACGACCCCCAGUCCGACACGCCUUGCGCGCAUCGACAUUGGCACCCCCCGCGCCACCCUCUCCGCCCCGAAACUUCUGCCUUCUCGUCCACUCGCUUCAACGCAAGGUCCCGGGUAUUUUUAUCGCCCGCCAAAAUGGCUCGCCGCCCGAAUCUCUCCAUCCACCUGCCGCCUGGCUUCGACUUCUCCUCUCCGCGCCCCUCUCUCCCCAUGACGCCCGAUCAGCCGCAAGAGUUGCAAUUGGCAGCAGAGCCUCCCCCUCCGCCGCGACAGAAAUACACAAUCAAGAGACGUCGCCCGGAGAUGGUUGCCUUUGAGCCCAUCUUGCUCUCAGACACUGCGCCCGACGCCGUCAUCCCCACCAUUGAGAUGUCCGAGUCGCUGUCCGAAUCCUCCAGCCCUCUACUUCAAUCACAACUCCCCAACAGCGAGCUGCUGUCUCCUCUGCCCAUCUUCCAGCGUCUGGCUACUCCUAAGACCCCAAUGCCACAAACACACUCUGCAAAUCAACUCGACAGUCCAAGCCACGAAUGGGACCUCAUCAACGACAGUCGUGAUUCCAAGCAGCCACUUCACCGUGCAAACUCGGUCUGCUCCUCCUUCUCUGACUCGUCCGUUUCGUCGGGAGGCAGCUCGGGCUUCUCGGCACCCAAUGGUUGCACCAGCCCGGAGAGCGUGGCCACCGAUCCCUUCGUGGAAGACGACAUGUCUAAAGCCGACAAGCUCCUCCUCUCUCCUGCCAUGCGGUCCAGCUCUCCAAGUGCCAAGCGCGUCAAGAGGCACCGCCACGUUCGAUGGACACCCGAAAUGGAUCAGCACCUUGAAAACACCUACAUCCGCUACCUUUCCGACCCGCGAGUGACGCCUUUUAAGACCCUCCCGGGCGUCCCUCCACCACUUGGUGUCUGCAACCGUGUCGCAGUCAAGGCCAGGCAUACAUGGUCUCAGCACCGAGCGGCGACACCGAGCUCCCUGGACACGAUCAUGGAGGCGGAGAAGAGCCAGCGUGAAGGCUCCCCUGACACCAUUCGUCCAGAUACCAGCAGUGCCAGCAGCAGCGCAUUCUCUAAGCAGCCGCAAUGGCCACGCUCGGAUGGUGCCACACGCAAGCGCCUACGUAAAAUAGUGAAGGGCAAGCCACAACUCUCUGCUCACUAUCAACGCUUGCUUCGCACGCGUAGUCCCUCGCCCUUCACGUCCACCAGCUCUACCAAUCGUUCAUCUGUCGAGCCUCCGUCGGCCCCGGCAUCAGCAUCAGCAUCCGCAUCCGCAUCGGCGUUCUCGAGUCGGGACCUCAAACUCUCCCUCAUCACUUCGACUGCCCCCUCUAUGCAACCCGAAGGACCACUCGCACAGCUCGCCACCGAGGACACCACACCGCAGCCGCAGAGGCCAGCUCACAGGCACUCUCAAAGCGUGUCGCGUCCAGUGGAUUGGUUCGCCCGCAUCGGUCGGUCACAAGCACACCAGAAGAGCCUCUCUUUGCAGUCUGGCCUGAGCCUCAACACGAGCAUCUGUCAAACCGGCGCUCCCCUGGCAUCACCUUUUGACGAGUCUGCCACUCGCAAUCACCUCCUACAAAGCAUGAACGCCACGCAGUCCCUUGGCCGAAGCGACUUUAGCAACAAGAACGGAAAGCGUCCAUCUCUCGACUCGCCGUUCGAAAUGCAGGGUGCCCCUACCAUGCCCCGCUCUCUCAAACGUCGCUUCAAGUCUGACGAGGAGAAACCACGGCGUCCAGUGCUCGCCAGCGUCUUCACCGCACCGUCCGACGAAGGCGGCAUCGUGCGAAACCGAGGCUUCACCGUCGGCGCCGUCCGCGCGACCGACAACCUCACCAGACUCUUCGACCCUCCUCCACCGUUACCUCAAGUCACCCUCAACGCCUCUCCCGCCGUGCCCCAACAAGCAGCGGACCAAGAAAUGACCGAAGCCAGCUCUAGCAGCAGCAGUAACGUCGAGCAGCACUUCACCCCCGACGCAUCCUCCUCCUCUCUAUCAUCUCCCUCCCUCCUCGGCCCCAUCGGCACCCGCUCCGCUCCUCGCCGCCUCGCAGAGCCCAUUCCGCGCCUCGGCUCGCCCUUCAUGGAGAUGUCGUCCGGCGCUGGCGCUACGGGACAGCGGCAGUUCAAUACUUUCCCGCGAAGCUACUUGCCUACCAUGGGCAAUCCGCAGCCUUUUGCGCAGAGGAUUCGCGAGUUGGCGGGAGGGGAUUUGGUGGCUAUGUUGGAUGCUGAUGUUGAGGAUGCUCAAGGGAGGGGUGGGGAUGAUGUGUUUUGAGACGUCUUUCUCGGCUUCUCAUCGAUCUGCGCUCUUCCUUCGCAUCUGGGGUUGGAAUUGAUGGGAGAUCUGUCACGGAUUUCACUCACAGCCUGGUGACGACAUUACGACGAUCAACGAAAGGGAAACUGGAUGGAGUUGGUGUUUUCAUGCUAUGCAUCGAAAGUGAAGCGAGGACUGGGCGGUUAGAUACUUCAGAUGGAUCCAGUAGAAAGCCUACAUCUUUACCAAUGGAAGUGAUUUGAUGAUGAUGA